CUGUUGGGCUUUGCCUGCGCAGGUUCGAAUCCUGCUGUCGACGUUUCUUUUUUCAUUUUUUUUUUUAUUAAAGUUAAAAAUAAAUAUGUAUUUUUAAUUAAAACGCUACUGGAUUCGAGUCCAUUCCAUUUCCAACCCUUGGUUUUUAUCCUAGUACUCAUACAUGGCGACUUCUCUUCACUCAAACCGAACAUCGUUCCUUCAAAUUCUUCUCGCAAAACCCAAACCCAACACCAAAAACACUCCUUUUUCAACCUACGUUCCGAUACGGUGCGGUCCACGGAGUAACAGAGGACCACUCGUCAAAGGCCGAGUCCUAAGCAUAGAAGCCAUUCAAGCUGUCCAAACCCUCAAACGCUACCAAAGAUCAGACCCCACAAAUCUCCAAACCACAGUCUCCAAAACCCUCUCUCGACUCAUUAAAGCUGACCUCAUAGCUACCCUGAACGAGCUUCUACGCCAAGAUCAGUGCGUUUUGGCUCUCCAAGCGUUCUCCACCAUCCGAUCGGAAUACCAGCCGGAACUGUCUCUGUAUGCCGCCAUGGUCAAAGCCCUUUCAAGGAAUGGCAUGGCGGAGGAUAUUGACCGGUUAAUCGUUGAUCUAGAGGAGGCUGGAGGUGGGGUUCGGUGGGAUGAUAAGGGAGUGAUAACACUGGUGAGAGCGGUGAUUGGGUCAGGUAGUAGGGAAUCAACGGUCAGGAUUUACGGAAUGUUGAAGAAGAGUGGAUUGUUGGGGUCCAAAGAUGGUGAAUACAUGGUUGGUUCUUUGAGUAAAGGGCUUAGAAGAUUUGGUGAGGUAGCUUUGGCUGAUGAGAUUGAUAGAGAAUUUGGGAGGUUUUAUAAAGGAAAUGUGGUCAAACUCACUGUGUAAUACUAUAAUUACUUGUAAUAUAUGAUCCACUUUGUGGCUGAAUCUGAAAAGAUUUGUCUUUUAAUGAUGUGAUUGCCACAAAUUACAAGAACACCAUCAGAGCUUUGAACUUACAACAAUGGCAAUCAUCUUAUAUUCCAUCCUUACUCUCUCCAGGUAAUCUGUUAGUGAAAAGGAAAAUAGUGCAGCAUCAGAGUUAUGUUUAUCUAAAUGCAGAUUUAUUAAAAACU